AUGAUCUUCCUCACUCCGGUCGAUAUCAACUCCACUGCAAGCGUACUAGCGUGGCACCCACGCCAGGACCACUGGACCCCUCGUCGCGUGAGCAGCAUGCCCGAUACCCCAGCUGGCCCCGCAGCGCGGAUCGUCAACGUCUACCGCAAUACUACCAACAACUUCUGGCAAAAGCAACCUCUUUCAGCUGCCGUUCUUCAUCACCGGGAAGGGCACCAUGAUGGCUGCUUUGAUGGCACUGCAGCAGGACAUACACGCAACCAGCAGCCGGAUCUGCGUACGGAGUUAUGGGAUGGCAAAAACAAAGCUGAACCCGAGCUAGAGGCUCUGCUCUAUCUUAAUUGA